ACGCCCCGAUGUCGUCCUCCUUUCUUUGAGCAACCUCUCUCUUUACACCCAGUCCUGGGCAGCUCCAUCCGUCCAAAUGGGAGCUGAGUUUGCAAGCUGCCAAGGGCGGCGGGGCUGAUGCUGCUGAUGUCAGAGCCAGAAGACAGUUGUGAUUGGAUCUAAUUAGACUUUGCAGCAGCAAAUAGACAAGCUCCCCGUGUGAUUGGCUUCAAAGUGGCUGGUGCCAAACAACUAGCAGAGGUGCAAAAGUAUCAGCUUUGUGUUGGGAGCCCAGAUGAAGAAGCAGCCCGAGGAGAGCUUGGGGCGCUCAGGACGCGCGCGCACACCUUUCCCCGCGUUGGCUGUCCAAAGAGAGGCUCAGUCCUCGGGCUCCGGACAGAGGCUUGCAGCAUAGCUGGAACCAAGUGACAGAGAACAACUGGAGAACGCGCGCGCUCGCCAGCCUGCUCGGACUAAAAAAGUGAGUCGGUUCGCUGGUUUGUAAAAGAAGCGUUCGCGCGGCCAGCGGCCGCAGCUGCAAGAGCGAGGAAGGUGCGAUUGCUGGCGGAAAGGCUGCUCUCCGGCUUUCCUGACUGGGUCUCAGCCAUGGCAUCCGUCCUGGGCAGCGGCCGGGGAUCUGGAGGGCUAAGUAGCCAACUCAAAUGCAAGUCCAAGAGGAGGAGGAGGAGGAGGUCCAAGAGGAAAGACAAAGUCAGCAUACUGUCAACCUUCUUCGCUCCAUUCAAGUACCUAAGUCCUGGGGCCACAAACACGGAGGAUGAAGACAAUCUCAGUACAAGCAGUGCAGAAGUGAAGGAGAACCGAAAUGUGAGCAACUUGGGAACUAGGCUCCUGCCACCAGGGGACCGAGCCAGAAGCAGCACUCCCAGCGUCAAAAGAAAAAGACCCCUGGAAGAAGGGAAUGGGGGCCACUUCUGCAAACUCCAGCUCAUCUGGAAGAAGCUGUCCUGGUCAAUGACACCCAAGAAUGCACUCGUCCAGCUGCAUGAGCUGAAACCAGGUCUACAGUACCGGAUGGUGUCGCAGACAGGCCCAGUACAUGCCCCGGUCUUUGCAGUGGCAGUGGAAGUUAAUGGACUCACAUUUGAGGGCACAGGGCCCACCAAGAAGAAAGCCAAGAUGCGCGCAGCUGAACUGGCACUAAAGUCCUUCGUGCAGUUCCCCAAUGCCUGCCAGGCCCACCUGGCCAUGGGCAGCAGCACCAACCUGUGUACAGACUUCACUUCGGACCAGGCCGACUUCCCAGACACGCUGUUCAAGCAGUUUGAGCCUUCGGCGCCCAGUGAAGGGUUCCCACCCUGCAGGCCCGUGGACUCCGAGCUUCUGUCUACCGCCUACCGGAGAGGGCGGCUACUCUACCACACCCUGGACCUCAUGGGCCCAGCCCGGCCGGACCGGCCUUGGCCUGCUCCAGCAGCCUCGGGAGAGAGGAACCCGGUAGUCGUGCUGAAUGAGCUACGCUCUGGCCUGCGGUACGUGUGCCUCUCGGAAACUGCCGAGAAACCUCGCACCAAGAGUUUUGUCAUGGCCGUGUGCGUGGACGGGAGGACGUUCGAAGGCUCAGGGCGCAGCAAGAAGUUGGCCAAGGGCCAGGCGGCACAGGCUGCUCUGCAGGCCCUCUUCGACAUCAGGCUGCCCGGCCAUGCCCCCAGCAGGAGUAAAAGUAACCUCUUACCACAGGAAUUUGCUGACUCAGUGUCCCAGCUGGUCACACAGAAGUUCCGUGAGCUGACAGUGGGCUUGACAUCUGUGCAUGCCCGCCACAAAGCACUGGCAGGAAUCGUCAUGACCAAAGGCUUGGACACCAGGCAAGCACAGGUCAUCGUCCUGUCCUCCGGGACCAAGUGCAUCAGCGGCGAACACAUCAGUGACCAGGGGUUGGUGGUCAACGACUGCCACGCAGAAAUCGUGGCCCGGCGGGCAUUUCUCCACUUCCUCUAUGCACAGCUGGAGCUGCAUCUGAGCAAGCGACGAGAAGACUCAGAGCGAUCAAUAUUUGUACGUUUAAAGGAAGGAGGCUACAGACUUCGAGAAAACAUCCUCUUCCAUCUCUAUGUAAGCACAUCACCCUGUGGAGACGCAAGACUCAACUCCCCGUACGAGAUCACCACGGACUUGAACAGCAGCAAACACCUCGUCAGGAAAUUCCGAGGGCACCUGCGCACCAAGAUUGAGUCUGGGGAAGGGACGGUCCCCGUACGGGGGCCCAGCACAGUCCAGACAUGGGACGGCAUCCUGCUGGGGGAGCAACUGGUCACCAUGUCGUGCACAGACAAGAUUGCCAGGUGGAAUGUCCUGGGACUACAGGGGGCUCUCCUCUGUCACUUCAUCGAGCCUGUGUACCUCCACAGCAUCGUCGUGGGCAGCCUGCACCACACGGGCCACCUGUCCCGGGUCAUGAGCCACAGGAUGGAGGACAUCGGCCAGCUACCGACCUCAUACCAGCACAACCAGCCUCUUCUCAGUGGAGUGAGUAAUGCCGAGGCACGGCAGCCGGGCAAGUCUCCCCACUUCAGUGUGAACUGGGUCGUGGGCAAUGCAGACCUGGAGAUUAUUAAUGCCACAACUGGGAAGAGGAGCUGCGGGGGCUCAUCCAGGCUCUGCAAGCACGUGUUCUCUGCCCGGUGGGCACAGCUAUAUGGUAGGCUGAGUACACGGAUACCAAUCCAUGGGGAUACGCCGUCCAUGUACUGUGAGGCCAAGCUAGGGGCUCACACUUACCAGUCUGUUAAACAGCAGCUGUUUAAGGCUUUUCAGAAAGCAGGCUUGGGCACCUGGGUGAGGAAACCACCAGAGCAAGAUCAGUUUCUACUAACUCUCUAAGUCAUUAGACUCCUUUGCUAUUGGACCACAGUGAAACAUCUGGAGAGGAUGGAGUCGUGUGUGGAGCGACAUGGCGUGUCCAGUGGUUCUCGGCAUUCAUUUUCCUUCAGUGUUCCAGAAACACACAAGUUCCAUGUUUGGAUGAGCAACUAGAUUUCAAUUCAGGACAUGCUGCUUUUCCUUAAGUUGCUAGUCCCAAGAAUGCUGUUCACCAUACCUAGAGGUACAAGUGCCAUUGUAUCAGCUCCGUCUCUUCUUGGUUGUAUCAAAGGAAAAGCUUGUAGUCUGGUGAAGGGAGCUGAGUUGCAGCCUUGACAAAUGAUACUAAAGUGUGGCCAGUUAGAAACAGGCCCCAUGAACCAUCCUCUGGCUUCCUUCCCUUACCAUAAGCCUCUCUAAUGAUGUGUUUGGGUCUCACUAGCACAAGUUUAUGUGACACUUGAAGAUAAGCCACAGUGAAGAGAAAAGCCAUGGGCUCCCCCCAAAGAAACCAACAGGAAUGCUCUAUUAUUUUUAUUCAUUUAGAUGUCUUACUUCAUCUUUUUUCAAAGAGGAUUUGAGAUGCACAACACUAAAGAACAACUAAAAUAAGACCAGAGGAGUGAAAACCAUUCUUGCAACACAAAGGAAUGCUUAUCCAAGGCACCAGUGAGUGCUAAUCUAUGAGAAAACCAUUUCUAACCCUCCUGUUGAGUGUUACAAACCAACACAUACCUAUUUAGUCAACCACCACACUUCAUUUCUUUUGGCAGAUAAGGAUAGAUAGUGAGAUUUGAGUCCUAUAAGGGUUAGCCACUACGUACUCUCCCUACAACAUAAAAGCAAACUGGAUCAUAUGCCAAAUUCUAAUUAUUGAACUAUAUAUUUGUUAGAAAACAAGCACCCCAAAACCCCACAUUCAAAAUGACUCUCAGGUUUAAAGUUUUAUUUUAGAUUUUCUAAUCACUAUUUUGCAUAAUGAAAAUAACUUACAAAAUGCAACAGGCAGGAUUCUACCACCUUUAAAAUAGCCAUCAGACCAAGUCCAUACCUGAACAUAGGACAUUUAGAGUUUAGAUAACAGCACUAUUCCUGAGAGGAGAGGUACUAGCUUCACACAUGAGAGAGUUACACCUUUAAUAUAUCUUCUGUCAAUACAUAUUCCUUGAAUUAUUUUCAUUUUGCCACUGAGAAUUCAUUUUGAGCAUUCAUCAUGCCAGUUAACAAGUCUCUAAUUUUCCCAACUUAAAAAAAUUCUUAUCUGAAGUACAUUAUGUUAAAUAACCAAAUAUAGAAGUAGUCACUUCCAGACUACAGGUUCCCCACUUAGAAUUCUAACUGACCACUCCACCGAAACACAAGUAUUACAUCAUGCUAUAUACAGUGUAGUGUAAAUGGCAGAUAUCAUAACAAUGUGCAUAAAUGAAACAAACUGUGUUGUAGCUACUUGAUAUCAGAAAUCAGGAAGUAGAGAUAUUAGUAUGGAAAUAGAAACUUUUCCUGGAAUUUUAUGAGGUCAAAUCUAUUACUCAAGUCCUUUUAGGAAAGAAAAUGGACACUGUAGUGACAAUUUCUUUAACAUAAUUUUGAAAGACAUGAACAUAUUUUGCAUGUAAAUGAUUCAUAAUAAACAUUCAUAAAAAUUGAAGAAAAUGAAAUACUACUUCAAUGUAAAAACUAAGAUCAAAGGACCAGUUUAGAUUAGUUUCUGAUAGAAACCUAAGAGAACCAUAAAACCUUGACAGCCAAUUGUGGCUUAGAAAUUGACUCAACCAGUAGAUAUUUAGAGCUGAUCUUAGAAAGUCUAGGGGCACAGUUGGCUUCUAAUUGAGAUUUAAGACUCUAACCUCAAAUUACUGAAAUUACCCUAACCUCAAAUUACUAGGGAAAGACAGCCUUCAAGGAGUGGGGUGAAUGCUUCACAGAGUUGUGCUCCAAACAAUGUUCUUUGUAGAAUAAGAAGAUUAGCAGCAGCAGCAGCAGCAGCAGCAGCAGCAACAGCAGCACCAGCAGAAUCUUAACCAUGAUGGACAGAGGCUGGUGGAGCCUCCCAUUAAAGGGAUCAGUUAGACCCACUCAUAUGAUCUGAUUCAAAGAACAUGGAAAGCAAUUACCUUCCCAAUAACUAACACCUCUACAUGACACAUGCAUGUGGCAUUUACUCACUUGGUCUAGGCAUUGGCUCUUCAAAAGAAAACAGACUUAACUAAAACACAAAUAUCUACUUGUAAGGAAAGCUACCCACUGACUCCACUUUACCCUUAGCACUAACACUGAGUCACUUAUUAAGUCAAUAGGAGAUGACUGGAAGGAGAGAUGAAGACUUUGCAAAGCAUUGUAGAGAGAGAAGAGUUUGCCAGGCACCUAAAAGUAAAUCUGAGAAAAUGAUAUCUUUCACAUCUACCUUUCCAAAUAGAUAUGAGAUGAAAUGGGAAGAUGGAAAAAGAGGAUCCCAGGAUCAAUCAGUGAAAGGAGAGAGUAUUGAGGCAAGCUAUGAUGAGCAACGUGCUGGAAAGCCACGGGCUAGGGAAAGACAGCCUUCAAGGAGUGGGUGACUAGAAGGGAGUUAAGAGGGAGAAUGAAAGGAUUAUAUGCAUUUAUUCUCUGAAUCAAACAGAAAGCCAAAUUAAAACUGCACACCAUGACCAGAUGAUGCUAUGUAUAUGCUGCUCCUGAUUGCAGAAGCCUCACCCAGCUUAGAUGUGGCCAGCUGCAGGAUUCUGGUGUAGUUUCUGGUGUUCCUAGAAGAGACAAGUCAUGUUACCCCCGAGACUAAUGGGCUAGUAGUGGAAGCCUGGAUACCUCAUUCUCACUUCAGUGUUAAGAAAAAUAUCUCAACAGUACUCUAGACUAGGUCUUUUUUGACUGCUGAAUUAGUCUUAAAAGAGCUCAUAUACACCUCCUGAAUGGUGAUUUCCGAAAAGAGAGCAAAACACAAAUAGGUGUUAUAUAGAAUUUAACCAUACCGAAAAAAACAUAACUGGGAAAAACAAAAUGAAAAUACUCAAAGAAUACUCAGGCACCUAAGUUACCUUACUAGCACCUCCAUAAUUAUUUAUGCCUCAUAUUACAUAAUGGCUCAAAGUUACUUGCUUUCAAAUUUUCUGUACCCUGUAUUCAUAUCUAUUUUGUUCCACUACUAAAACCUAAAUAAAAUCAAUAUCAUGCUUAUUGCCUUCAAAACACAUUGCUUUCCUUCUACAGAAUUGAAAAAGUUAAUGUUUCCUGCCUCGUUCUUAGUCAAAAAGUCAGUGUCUGAUCAUUUGUGAGCCUGUUUGCAGGACUGAGCCCAGGAGAAAAAGCCAUGAGGCCAUACAAGUUGUGCUCGUCCACCUCCAGCACAAGGUUUCACAGCAAUGUAUAAUAUAAAAUUGUUGAAUUUAGGAUUUCUUUGGGUUUUGUUUUUGCCAAUGAACGGAUUUGUGAGUCUAUAACUAUUGUUUCCUUUUUUUAUUCCUGUGAUUCUCUUUAAAUCUGUAUAUACCUCUCAUACCAUUACUGAUUUUGUGAUGUCUUGUUUCUCAGAAAUGUCAAGCUGAGUUGCUUUUCAAACAAACACAUAGUUCAUAUUUUUUCAUAUAAGUUCCUUUUCACAGGAAAUAGUUCUUAUCAAUAAAGUUAAAUUUUUUCAAUAUAGUGUUUACCAUAUCUGGAGAGCCAUAAACAGUAAAUACAUAGUAUAUCAAUCCCCAGAGUAGAAUAGGUAGAGUAUUUUGAUGAAAUCCUAUUUUUAGAUUAUAAAUUUUAAGAUGAGUCUAUAGAAUCUUGUUUUAAAAAAAUUAAAAAGACAAUUGAGACGUAAAUCUAGUAGGCAUUUUUAAUUUAGGAAAACUUAGAUACUUGUUUUUUAAGAAGCCAUUCUAAUAUAAUCAUCCAAUUGGCCAAAACUAACACAAACAUCACUUUCUAAUAGUAACCAAUGGGAUGUUAGAAAAAAAUUCGUGUUUUUAUGUACUAUCAUUUGAUUGCUACAGCCACAUCUUUGACAGAAGUCCCUCACUUAGCACUCAGCAAAACCUGGUAUAUCUUUGCCGGUUUCUCCAUCAUCAUUUUCUAACGCAGCUUGCAGAGUCUAUAAUCUAAUUCAGGAUCAGGGAAUCCACUGUCUUGCACAUUUUGAAGAUCUAGCCCCACUUUGAGUUUCGGCAGAGUUCAUACUAGGAGUGAAGAAUUAAAAGCUUUCUGCUACAGAAAAGGUCCAUGAUGUAGCUCCUACCUGGACAAACCUAUCCCAACCCUGAGGUCCUGCAGGAAGUUUAUGUCUUGCACAGAUAGAGCAGAAAUAAUACAUGUGAGGGACAGUGUGGGGGCAGAUGGAAAGGACCCUGUGAAGGAGGAUGCGGACGGGCGCACUUGUCGUUGUCCAUGGUCCUGACUCACUGUUGAACUUUAAGAGUGCAGCUGUUACUGGGUACUCUGGGAUAGGGCACCUCCAAAUUUUCUUCUGACUCAGAAAAAGUAAAGGAUAGAGGGAGAAAGCAGAGACAAAAACAUCGAUGUAGACUACCAGAGACAAUCAUACCUUUAUUCUCACAUGGUUUCUCCUAUCUCUCAGUUCUCUUUGCUCAUUUUUCCACAAAUUCUACCUCUUUUGAUUCCUUUCUCAUCUUUUUUCUCUCCCUCAUAUCCCUCUUACCAUUCCUUUUGUCUGCUCUUCCCUACCCCUGUACUUUGCUCUUUCAUUUUGAUUUCCUGGAGUAACAGAGAGGAAUGAAGUCUCAGGUCUGCAUCUACCCCUGAGCUGAUCUAUGCAUGCAGCAGAUUGGUGCUCAAGGUGAGGAUGCCCCUGUGUGUUCUUGUGAUACCUUGACUACAGGGACUUUCAAUGGUCUUUUUGGACUCUUGAAAUAUUUACAUCCAAUCUGACCUCCUAUCAAAAGGAACACAGAUGACACAUUUCUAGAAAUUUAGACCAGAUAAUAUCAUCCCUGCAGGGAAUUGUGCCCUGUACCAAACUCUGGUGAAAGAAGUACCUUGUUUCCCUAAUCAUCAUUUUGAAUUAAAAGUUAAAGAGAUGAAGUAUCCUUUAAAAUAUAUAUAUAUAUAAUUAUCUGGAUUCUAUUGCCUCUUUUCACAAGGCACCAGAUUUCUACCACUCUGCAGUACAUGCAUAAGUAAAAACAAAAUCUUUCCCAGCAGUGCCCAGUUAAUUUUCAGCAUUUUUUAAGCAAAAUGAACUCAAUAAAUAGUAAUUCUUAAUUGAAAGUAUGUACAUAAAAAGCAUGAUUGAAUGGCAAUAUAGUACCGAUGAGUGUACAUUUGUAAUAUUUGUAAAAAAAAAAACUUCAAAACCUUAAAAUAUGAAUUUACAUAUGUUAAUUUGCCUCUAAGUUCUGUAAAUUGCACUUCGGUGAUAUCUAAUAAGUGAAUGUUUCUGUUAAGUGAAUAAAAAUAUCAAGUAAAA